UUGCUGCUGAUGCAGCUAGGGGGAGAGGUCAUCUAUGCAGGGUUGUUGGGGAGGCAGUCAUGUGAUCUCAUUCACUACUUCAAGGCAACCAGGGGUGCCACCCAUCCAGCCGGGUUCCAACCCUGCAGCAUGGAUGCUCGAGGUCACGGCACCCGCAGCAGCAGAGAAGCUCGGAGUCGACUUUGCCCACCUGUUCCGCCAAUCAGAGCAGUUCAGGUCCCUUCACUCGCUCAUCCACGGAUGCAGUGUGCCUCCCAAAGGCGCUUCGGACAUUACCUUCACAACGCAGCACCGCGCAACACUGCUCUCCCAAUUCACAACGAACCUGUGGAAGCGCCACCGCAUGUACUGGCGCAUGCCCGACUACAACGGCGCUCGCCUCUUCUACUCCAUCAUGGCUCUCCUCAUCGGCGCCGUCUUCUUUGGCUUCGGCCGCACUCGCGACACCCGCAGCAGAUUGCGAACGUCACAGGGGCUCUCUACACUGCUGCUCUCUUCCUCGGAUGGAGCAAUCUCGCAACAAUCCAGCCGAUGCUUGCGGUGGAAAGGAGUAUUUACUACCGGGAGCGGGGUGCCGGCAUGUAUGCGGCCAUUCCGUACGCGCUCGCGCAAGGGGUGAUAGAGCUGCCAUACCUUGCGGUUCAAGCAGGAACUUAUGCAUCGAUAACAUACCUGCUCAUUCGGUUUGAGUGGACGCCCGGCAAGUUCCUGUGGUACCUGCUGUUCCAGCUGCUCACGCUGCUCUACUUCACGUGUUUCGGCAUGAUGGCGAGCGCCAUCACGCCCGCUGAAGGGCUGGGCACACUGCUCUCUGCAUUCGUCUACUCCUUCUGGAACCUUCUCUGUGGCUUCCUCCUGCCGCAGCCGGUGAGUGUGAUGCUUAUUGGGUUGUGA